AUGCUCCUCUGGGUAAGGCUCCUGGCCUGGCUCCGGCUGCCCUGGAUGCCCCCCAGGCUUCAUGGAGAGACUGGCCUUUCUGCAGGGCCUGGGGAGGACUUGGGGCUGCCUCCCCGACACUGCCCAGAACUCUCCUUGGCUUCUUCUCCACGUUCGUUUCCUUCAGGUCACUCAGCUGAAGGCCCAACAGCCCCCUUCUCUCUCCUCCAUCCCCUUCCUUUUGCUGGCCCUCCCCUAGCUCCCCACCUGUGCCCCACCAUGGCCAGUCUGGACCCUACCUCCCUCCCAGAGACCACCAGCUGGCACGAGAGCAGACUGGCCAGUGGGCUAGAGUCUAGGCCUGACCCAGAGGCCAGGAGAGGACGGAGGGUGGGGAGGGGGGACCCGCGCCAGCCCCUCGUCCGCGGCAUCUGA